AUUGAGGUUCGUCAACUGUUCCCACAACCAGGAUGGGUAGAAAUGGAUCCAUUGGAGAUAGUCGACACCGUGAAAGAAUGCAUCAUAAAGGUUGUAGAAAAAUUGCAAAAAUUAGGGAUUUCACCCGAUGAGAUUAAGUCCGUUGGCAUCGCCAACCAAAGAGAUUGUAAAUUGUUCCAGAAACUAGCAUAG